AUGGACAAAUACUUACUAAGCUCGCCAACACUGCUUUCCCAGCCGUUCGAGGUCCAGACUUGUCACAACGACUUAGACAAUGAGGACAGUAACAAUAACCAAAAAUUUCACAAUAAUAAUUUCGGUAUCCAUAAUGAUGACGUUGAAAAUAGUAAUAUUCAUGGUGUGGGAUCGGUGUUCGGUUCAAGAAGACCGUUUCACCAGAAUACUCUUCUGACUUCUUCUAUAGCCUCAAUGAGCCAAGAUCCUCCAUCUUCACAAUACGUAUCUACACUGGCUAUGGCGUAUUCGAUGCCUCAAUCGUAUUCAAACAAUACUCUCUACUCUAUGGAGUCCAUACCACAACUUUCGCUGUCUGCUUCGAACCAAUCGUUAUCAGACUCUCCUUCUUCUCUUCAACAGCAUGCACUGCUGCUGAACCAGAAGCUGAAUGUGGCCGCAAACUUUCAGCCCGUAAUGGCUACUCCUCGUCGUGCUGGACGUAAUAAGUCGCUCUCUAUUUCGUCUAUCAACAACGCCAGUGCCAACAUAUUCAACACGCCUCUACGUUCCCAUACAUCUUCAGCAUUGUCACCUGUGGCCCUAACUAAAGUCUCCAAGACUCCUCACUCUAGCAAAGUCAAAGGACACACUCGGUCCAGAUCUCGGAUGUCCAUAGAUGCACUGAAUCUCCCGCUUUCAUUGGCUGGGGUCGUUGCAGGUAAAUCUGCUGGAUCAUCGUCGUUUUCGGCCGGGGCAAACGCCAACCUUAACCCGUUCUAUUCCCUGUCUACUUUCGUAUCUCCGAGAGUAUCGAAAAGUGGCGAUUUGGACGACUUUGGCACUCCACUUCAAACACCGGGUCAAAGAACUUCUAUACAUAGCAAUAGAGCCAACUUGGCCAGCGAUUCUGGAACGUCCAAUAUGAGCUCUUCAUUCUUCAGUCCUAGCAACAACUCGAACUCCAACUCGAAUAGCUCUGGCUCAAAUAUGCCCUACGUUCUCAAGCGUCACGAUACUCUUGAUUCCAUCAAGAUUGAAGACCAAGAAGACGAUGCUAUCAAGCAGCUCAAGAAAGCUAAGUCAUAUUCUAGCAUUGCUAAUGCGAUUCUGGCUGCUUCUAGAACAACAGCCAAAGACUCUGCUAUUAAACGAGAUGACUCCUUCAUCAACGCUGCUGAUCUCUCUCUUCGUCUUAUAACCAGUCAGAUUGGAUCUAAUGCUACUAUCACCGAGUCUAACGAAAAUCCUGAAGCGAUUUCUUCCAGCUCGACCCCUGGAAUUUUCUAUACUGACACUUCACUGCUACAAUAUGGCCAAAAUCUCAGUCUAGCCGAUGCUACCAAGUCGUAUUCGGUGCCCAACUCGGCAUCAGAGUACGAUGACACAUACAUAGAAGCUAGCCAUUUCUCCGUAACACCUGCUUACCGACCAAAGGGUGUUGACUUGCUACUGCUGCUGUUUACUACAGACCUGAAUAAUCCCUUGGACUCCAGUAUGGCCAAGUUCAAUAAGAAUCUUGUUAAGAACUUGAGCCAGUCAGUAUCAACAACAUCGUUCACAAAGUCGUAUCCAGCAUCUAUAGACUUGGCUUCUAUUGCUACAGCUCCCUUGUCCCGUUUGCAGGAUGCCAGCAAUAAGGACUUGUCCAACACUUCGAUGUCGUCGCAGUCGACUCCUCCAGUAUAUCCUGGCGGAAUAGUGACUGGCUCACAACCAGGCUUGCUUCCGCCCAUGGCAGCAUUUCCAGUACUGCAAGAAAUGUAUGUCAUGAAUGGUGGCAUCCCAUUGCACCACAAUGGACUUUCUAUGGUUAAUCCUGCUCCACUUCAGCUAGACGAUAAGGUAGAAAAGGAAAAAGCCAAGAAGAAACAUAAAUGCCCUAUGUGCGAUGCCAGGUUCCAGCGUCCAGAGCACGUUAAGAGACAUAUGAAGAGUCAUUCGUCAGAGAAACCGUUUGAGUGCGACGAACCAGAGUGUGGAAAGAGGUUCAACAGAAAGGAUAACCUCAAGGCACAUCUCAAAAAGAUACAUGGAAGACAAUUGUGAUAACUACAUUGUGAUAUAAAAGACAAUUGUGAAAUAUGGAGACAGUUGAACAAAUCUAUGCAUGAUAUUUUGAUAUCUAUGUAGACUAAUAAUGAUUCAAUCACUGUUUCCUGGUCCUACACCAGGUUAGGAUCCAAAG